CCCCAGGCCUUUCGACCAAUCAGAAGACAGGACAGGUGCACUCAUGGUAGUUUCGGAGGUGGAAUCUCAGGUACUCUUGUAAACUGCGACGGCACUAUAAAGUCUUUCACGUAAGUUCAAAUUUUGCGUGGCAUAUUCAGAACCUCCUCCAGGUGAUGUUGGGGCAAAGGAUGAUGUUACGUUUUCUCACAGACUAAGAUAUCUAUUCAGUCGAGUUAUGCGCAGAACUGCGUCUCAGUGAUCGAACUCUUCGGAUUCGUUGGAGUGAAAGAUGAUUUUCACGCGCCGUGAUUUCUUCUGAGGAUUCAGCGUCUCUGUUGUCUCAACACACCUUUCUUUCAUUUAGAGGAACCUCGGGCUGCGUUUAUCUUGUUCUCAACAUUUUUGAGCAGUUUUAACAAUGACUGAGAAAACAGCUCCCUGGUGGAGGUCUUUCGUGGGCAAGAGGAGAAAGGCAGCCAGAGAAUCGGCGGCGAAGCUGGAACAGGACCUUCGCAGUCAGACUUCAGCAGAGUUCACACAGCAUCCCUCCGCUGACCCGGACCAGCGGCUCACUUCGCCGACACGUCCAGCGAAAGAAGCGGACAACUGCUUACCGAGCGACGAAACAUAUGACGACUCCGCUGUUCAGCCUACUUUCAACGAGAGCUCCAAUCGCCGUAAUCUCACCGUGUCCCGCUCCGGACGCUUCAAGGAGAAACGGAAGACGCGAGCGAGUCUUCCGCAGAACCACGGAGACGAUGAUAAACCCGCUGCAGCCAGAUCAACCGAAGUCCAGUCAACGCGCUGAUUGCAACCCGGUGGUAGAGCACUAAAUACGGCACUACCUCCUGACACUAUUGAACUCAAUUUGACACAUGAAUGCACUUACAUGAAGUUAUGGAGUAAGUUAAUCAUAUCACAGAAGCUUUAUUUUCCAAAUGCUGGAAAUAAUGACAUUUCCCUGCUGAAAGAAACGGCGUAACUUGUGUCUUAGCCUAGUCAGGCUAGUCUUUUAAAGGUUUUAAAAAGGUUUUGGCCACUUUACAACUAGCUGGGAGACCAGGAAGACUAGCUAGACCAGCCUUAACCAGCAAAGACCUGCAAACCACAAGAUGUCUUUUUUUUCCCCGGUAGGGUUAUUGGACAUUCAGCAGAAUCAUUUUUGUGAAGGAUACAACAAAUGUUUUAGAGCUUUGUCAUACAUAAUUUGCACUGUUUUGUGGUGUUACUGCAAUAUUUUAUGAAGGAUUGUACAUUAGAAAGUUUUAGCAGCGGUUAUUUUUAAUGGUAAUCAUUGUGCUGUAAGCACAGCCUUAUCAUGACUCGUUUUUAAUGCUUGUGCGUGCAUGCCACAGAUUGUUUAAGGGGGUUAGGGUGGUGGUCCUCUCCGUCCAGAAUCAGAUUAUUACUGUAUAUGCCAUGAUAGUCAUACGUCCGACAUAAGAAAUCAAAGCCAUGUGUUUUUUGUCUAGUUUGUUUUAUUGAAUCCACGACACCUUCUCCCAUUGCAAAAACAGUAGUGCUACUUUUUCAUUUUUCAUUAGACAGACCAAAGAUUCUAUUCUGUAAAUGUUUAGAUAAUAAUCUAAAAGUAAAGAUAGUUAUUUUAGUUUAGCAAACAGUGUUUACAGCAGUUUAUAUGAGUGUAUUAUUGAAGACACAAAUUGAAUUUGGUUUAAGCACUAUUCAGCCAUGCUAAAUUAGAACUGAAUUUGAUAAUUGGGUUACAGAACUGUGAUCAAACUAUGAGAUGUAAUAAUUUCAUCUGUUAUUGUGAAUGAAGCUGGUUGUAAGAGAAAUGGCCUCUGUAGCAGAUGCCCAGAUCCUCUGAGUACGCAAGUGAUGCACAGAUUUGAGGAAAAAUUCAGAGUAUACUGUAGUCUCAUGCAUUAGUUUGCUAAAUUUAGCUUUGGGAAGGAAGUGUUACUACAUCAGAUUUUUAAUAAACAGAUGAUUUAGCAUCUAAAGCAUUCAUUUGUCUGAGUUGUUUGUUGCCCCUGAAUGUGCUUACGUGUAUGUGAGUGUUUGUUAUGGGUGGGGUAAACAGACGCAAUAUGUCAUUAUUAGAGUUACAGUAUUUAGAACUCCAUCAGUGUGUGCUAAUGCUCGUCAC